GCGGCCGCACGAUGUGUGUCCACGCGUUGCGAAACAAGGAAAAAAAAGGAAACAGCGCGCAGUUUCUGAAACUUCUUCGAGUGAAAGCGACUACGAAUUGGAAAGUGAUUCUGGUGAGUCGUUGAUUGAUUAUUUGACUUCAGAUGAGAGCGACACAGAGAUUGAUGAUGAUUUCGACACCGCACGUGUGUGGACGAAGAUCGACGUGGGCGAUAUUCCUCGUGCGCCACCUCGUUUCCCUUUUGUGGGAUCACCGGGAUUCAAGGGCCACCUGGAAGAAGGUGACGGCGUUGUCGAAUAUUUUGAACAGUUCUUCGAUGAAGAGCUGGUCGACCUGAUUGUCGCAGAGACCAACCGCUACGCAACCCAGUUUCUUCGGUCGCACCACGCUUCCCACCUCAAAACAUGGAGACAGAUCGACAAAAAAGAACUGAUGACCUUCUUCGCGCUCAUCAUUCUGCAAGGGGUCAUUGAGAAACCAGACGUGAAAUCUUACUGGUCAACAAGAGAGGUUCUCCGCACGCCUGCAUUCGGAGACGUGAUGAGCCGCGACCGCUUCAUGCUGAUAAUGAAAUUUCUACACCUCACUGACAACGAGGCGCCAGUCGACGGGCACCCGAACCCGAAGCUUAGAAAACUGUGGCCCGUGCUCACCAGAAUGACCGAGAUGUUUCAAACUCUCUACACACCAGAGCGAGAUGUGUCAGUUGACGAGAGCCUUCUUCGUUUCAAAGGCAGGCUGUCUUGGAAACAGUACAUGCCACUGAAACGUGCCCGUUUUGGUGUCAAGUUUUUCGUACUGUGCGAGUCCUCCAGUGGUUACAUCUGGAACAUGCUUAUGUACACUGGGAAAGGUGCUGUUGUUGGUGACGCAGAUAUGGCCAUGGGUACACGUGUGGUAUUGUCCCUGAUGAGUCCCCUUCUCGAUAAGGGCUACUGUGUAACCGUGGAUAACUAUUACAACUCACCCGAACUAGUUGAAGCACUUCUGGAGCGCAAGACAGAUGUCUACGGAACAGCACGAUCUGGACGCAAGGGAAUGCCGAGCUUCGAUACAAGACAACUUGAGAAAGGUCAAACUGAAGCUUACCAAAAAAGCAAGUGCCUCUCACUUCAGUGGAAGGACAAGAAGGUGGUAACCUUCCUCAGCACGGUGCACUCUGUGGCAAUGGUGGAUGUAACAAACCAGAGAGGUGAAGUUGCGUCCAAGCCACAGAUAGUGAUGAAUUAAAACAACACCAUGGGUGGUGUUGACAAGAGUGACCAAAAUCUUUCAUAUUACCCCUGUGCAAGAAAUGGACAGAAAAUAUACUACAAAAAGGUGUUCCGUCAUCUGCUAGACAUGGCCAUCUACAAUGCGUUCAUUAUCUACCAGAAGAGUGGCAACACCACCACACAUCUUGAGUUCAGGCUCAAGU